UAUUUGGUGCGACAGCAGCUGCGGCAGCGGCAAGCCGGAGACGUAGACGCUGACGUAAACGUAGACGUUUGACGUAGACGCGCGCGCGUCGUAUUUGUCGGCAUGCGGUGAACGUGAAUGCGUGAAUGUGGCGUUACAGUUACAACGGUACAAAGAAAUCGCACAAGAUAUUUCAAGGCACACAGCGAGAUUAUUGUUUAUUGCAUGAGUAUGUGUGUAUGAGUGAGUGUAUGUGAGUGAGUGAAUGUGUGUAUGCUUAUGUGCAAGUGUAAAGUGCUAAAGUGAAGUGCUCUUCAAACUGUAACAGCAGCCCACACUUAAAUACUUGUACUAUAUGCAACAACUGGAUACGGAUACACGCGUCUCGCUUUAAGCACAAAGCAAACCACCAAACAGCAGCCAGCCAGCCAGACAGACAGACAACAUGCACCUGUACCUAGCGCUGAUCUCGUGCCUCGUCUGCACCGCACACUGCUGGCAGUUCGAUGGUGGGGGCGCUGCUGCUGCGGGUCAAAGGUUGCAGCGCAAUGCCAGGAAUACGGCGCGAGCCUUGGCACGUGGUCCACCGCCGGCGCGAGGAUCAGCUGCGCUGCUUGGCAGCCAGCAGCAGGAUGUGCUCUAUGCGUGUCCACUCAACUCGAUGUGCCAGUGCGCUGGAUUGCCCAACGAGACGUCCACGCUGAUUGAGAUUAAUUGCAACGAGGUGGCGCUGUACAAGUUUCCAGAAUUCAUACACAGCAGCGUGCGAUAUAUCGAAAUGUCGAAUACGCAUUUGCAGAGCGUCGACGAUGAAACGUUUCAGGGUUUGCGUCUGAAGACUCUGAAGCUAAUCGACAACGAGCUGCAGGACAUAUCCGAGCGCAGUUUCAGCACCAUGACGUACUCCUUAAUGACACUGGACAUUUCGGGCAACAAGAUGCAGCAGCUGCCCUUGGAGGCACUGCAGCGACUGCACUCGCUGACACGACUCGUGGCACAACGCAAUCACAUAACGAACUUGGAUGGCAACUGGGAGGCGCUGCAUGAUACGUUGCGCUCGCUGCAUUUAUCCGGCAAUGACAUAACGGAAGUGUCGCCAGGUGGCGCUCUAGACGCGACUGUUAAUCCCGGUGAUAACAGCUCACAGCCGAGCAGCUUGACUGCAGUGCAGAAUCGCGUGGAGGGCAGCAAUGCGUUGCAUGCAGCAGGUGCAGGUGCGUUGGAGCGUGCUGGCGGUCGGCCCUUUGAGCAGCUGCAGAAGCUGCUCUGGCUCGAUCUGUCCAAUAAUCGUAUAACUCACGUGGCAGCCAACUACUUGCCACGCUCGCUGGUUACCAUGGACCUGUCGAGCAAUCUGCUGAGCGUCUUCCCGCAGCAGCUGUUCGAGCAGCUGCCAGAGCUGCGCAUCGUCAGCCUGCGCGACAAUUUGCUGCGCAGCGUGCAGUGGAAGGAGUUGCAGCUGCGGCCGCUGCGCAUGCACCUGGAGAAGCUCGACCUGGGCCAGAAUUGCAUUGAGCAGCUGGAAUCGGAUUACUUUCAGCAAAACUAUUCGGAUGUCCAUAUACGGGCACUCAACAUGGAACAGAACUACGUGGCUCACCUGCCGGCGGAGGUGUUCAAGGCCACGGGCAUUGUGCACCUUGUGUUGGCCUUCAAUGCCAUUAGCCGCGUGCAUCCAGCCGCCUUUGAGGGCCUGACGGACACCCUGGAAUACCUGGACCUGGAGCGCAAUCACCUGACCACAGUGCCUGUGGCAAUAUCCACGCUGCAUCGCCUCAGAUAUUUGUAUCUGACCUCCAACCAAAUCAAUCAGCUCAACAAUCUGCCCGCCUUCACCGAGAACCUCAGGGUGUUGAGCCUGAGCGGCAACAACUUCACGAUGAUACCCGUCCUCGGGCUGAAGAACUAUACGCAAUUGUCCUACUUGAACAUAGGCUACAAUUCCAUAGCCGAUAUACCCGAGGGCAUCUUUGCCGUGGACGGCUGGGGCGCCAAUUUGCAGACGAUACUUCUGCGGAACAACAAGAUAACGCAUCUGCACCUGGGCUCCUUUGCGGGACUGGAGCAAAUACAGGAGAUUAGUCUGAGCUUCAAUGACAUUACCAUACAUCAUCCGUUGGUCUUUGAGAAUGUUUCGCAUACGCUGAAAAUACUGGAGCUCUCGUUCGCUGUGUUUCCCGCUAGGAGCUUGGAGUCACUGGAUCCGUUGGAUGCGCUGCUGCCGCUCUCGCAGCUCAUUUGGCUCGGGCUGGACAACAACAAUCUGAAGAGCGUCUCCAAUGAGUCCUUUGCGCAAAUGCGCGAACUGAGCUACAUCAAUCUGAGCUUCAAUCAGCUGAAGGCACUGCCACGCGGACUCUUCCUGCCCGAUGCGCACAGUCAUCUGGUGGAGAUUGAGCUCUCCUACAAUGCGCUGGAGCGCCUGGAACCGCAAACCUUUCACAAUUUGGGCGAUUUGCAGACAUUGAAUCUGCAAUCGAAUCGCUUGCGCAGCAUUGGACGUCAUGCGUUCUACAAUCUGGAGUUCCUGCGCUACAUAGAUCUGUCCUAUAAUCGCUUGAGCAACAUAUCGCAUGCCGCUUUCACUGUCCUGCCCAAUCUGGCGGCAUUGGAUCUGAUGCACAAUCAGCUCUGCUCGAUAUCGUUGAAGUCGUUCCACUAUGUCUCGAAUGCGACGACUCCGCUGCGCCUCAACUUGAGUCACAAUCACAUCUCGCACUUUGACGACGAGCUGAGCAGCUAUAUGUAUAUAUAUCAGCUGGACAUCAGCCACAAUCAUGUGGCCAAGUCGGAUAGCUUUACCAAUUUGGCCAAUACGCUGCGCUUCCUCAAUUUGGCCCACAACGCUCUGGGCGCGCUGCAGAGUCACGCGUUCGGCGACCUGGAAUUCCUCGAGAUACUCAAUCUGUCGCACAACAAUCUCAGCUCGUUGCGCCGUCGCAGCUUUCAGGGCCUGAACAGUCUGCAGGAGCUGGAUCUCAGUCACAAUCAGCUCGAUCAGCUGCAGGUGGAGCAAUUCUCGAAUCUGCGCAAGCUGCGAAUUCUGCGCAUCUGCGCGAAUCGGUUGCGCGCGCUGCCGCGCGAAGUUUUUAUGAAUACUCGUCUGGAGUUUCUGGACAUAUCCGAUAAUCAGCUGAGCGUCUGGCCCGUGCCGGCGUUCACGGACAUCGGCUUUACGCUGCGCUCCAUUCAGAUGUCGCACAACAAUUUGGAGUAUCUGGACGCCUCGAUGUUCGUCAACUCACAGUUCCUUUACGACAUAAGUUUGGCGCGCAAUCGCAUAACCAUACUGCCGGAUAAUACCUUUAGCUUCCUCAACAAUCUGACCAAUCUGGAUCUCUCCGAGAAUCCGCUAGUUACGACCAAUUUGCGCGAGGUGUUCGUGCACACGCCUCGCGUCCGCAAGCUAAUACUCCAUCACAUGGGCCUCUAUGUGCUGCCCACGCUGAAGCUGCCGCUGCUCUCCUAUCUGGACGUCAGCGGCAAUUAUUUGCAGGAGCUGUCGCCGCUCGGCGGACUGCGGCACCUGCGCCACGUCAAUGUCUCCCACAACAAGCUGAUGAAUGCCAGCUGCGCCGUAGAGCAUUUGCCGCCCUCAGUGAGGGUUCUGGAUCUCGCCCACAAUCCGCUGCGUCGCAUCACGCUGCACGAUCUGCUCAGUCUGCGCCAUUUGUCGGAGCUGAAUCUGCUGGAUGUGAAGGUGGCCAAUCCGCAGGCCUUUGCCAAGCUGCGCUCGCUGCGCAAACUUCAUGCCAGCUCGCAUGCGAAUCUGGGCGACCUGGUGGCCCGGCUGCCCGGCCUGCAGGAGUUGCGCGUGCACUGCCUGGAGCCCAACAUCGGUGGCCAGCUGCUGGCCAAGCUGGCCAACAACACAAAGCUACAGCUGCUGGAGCUGUAUGGCAGCAAUGUGCAGACCAUAUCGCCCGAUGCCUUCACUGGUCUGUCGCGCAACCAGCGGCUGCAAGUGAAGAUCUCGCAUACGCGCAUCUCCGACUUGCCACCUGGCAUCUUCUACACGCUGCGCGAGGUGCCCCACCUAUCCAUAGACAUCUCGCACAAUCGCAUCAAUGCGCUGGCCGCCGACAGCUUCUAUCCCAACAAGAGCUAUUGGGAUGCGGUGGGCACGCGCAGCAUCAUGGGCGGCCUCAUCACCUCGCACAAUCCCCUGGAAUGCGAGUGCGGCCUGGUCUGGUUCGGGCAUUGGCUGCGUCGCUGGCUGCGCGAAUCGGCGCAGAUCAAAGUCAUCCAAAAGGAUGAUCUCAAGCGCAUGGUGCAGCGUGCGCGUGCCAAUACCUGCCACGAUCCCACGUCGGGUCACCAUCUGCCCAUACUGGAGAUCUUUCCCGAGGACCUGCUGUGCCAGGCGAGCGCGCUGAGCAGCUCCGGGCAGCGCAUCUUUCUGUUAUCCUUUGCGGCAGCGUUAACGCUGCCACUGUUCACCAUAUCCCUUUGAUGUUGGCUCUAGUCGCUGCUGGAACUGGCCGACUGAAGCGGCUGUUGGAUAACACAA